GAAGUUUAUUUGUGCGAGAAACGUCAAGACGCCUCUUUCGGGCUCUCCCGAGGAAAUAAAAUGUGGUUGCAAUCGCAAGUGAACCUUUCGAAGGUACCAGUUUUGCGGCAGAAACGAAAGUCUUGCUCGGCUCUGCUCUACGGCGACGAAGAGACAGCCGGUGGAGUUCCAGCCUGCGCGACAAAACCGGUUUUCCUGUUUGCCCCAGAGGGGCUUGAUGAAGCCGGUGAGCAGGCGGGAGAAAGAGAUCCAGAUGCCAAUGGGCACGAAAAUGCAGUAGAGCAAGACACAGAAGCAGCACAGGAUGUUGAUACCGGCGCAAAAGACGAAAGGAAAAAGCAUGCAAGUCCGUGGUGGCACGGGCAUGACAACGUUCCGGACGGGAUCUAUGAGCACGAUCAUCCGCACGCUCACCACGGAGAGACGCACGGCAUCUACGUGGAUUCUCCCAGGGUACUAAAUGCUCCGCCGUCGAGACAAACUAGUACAUCUUCACGAACGUCGAGCAAGCGUGGGUCUCGGAAGCAGCGCAGUAGUUCAUCCGGCGAGAAGGUGAAAGUCGGAAAUGCGAAUGGGGGAAAUAUCAAACCCGUCGUAAUUCCGCGGUAUGAAGGGUCUGUGGUGUUUCAAGACGGUUUGUAUGUGAACAGACGGCAGAGUAGUUCUUUCGGGCGAGAAGGCCGGAGGCCGCACAGUCAAGAGUUCGACGAUGGGUAUGAGCAAGAGAUGAAUCCAGACACCAUUCUCGUCGCAGCUCCCGCUGCAGAGGACAAGCGGAAGAGUUUCGGGCGGGAAAGACACAGAACAAGUCAAGAAUUUUUCGAGGAGGACUAUGAACAGGAGAUGAAUCCAGAUGUAACAGCAGCUGGGGUUGUCGUCGCCGGAGCAACAUCUUCUCCGUCGUUAACGAUCGUCCCAGAGGAGAAGGUGGUUCCUCUUGCGGGCGCCAUGGUCGCUGCAGUGGCACAAGAACCAGAGCAGGACUCCAUAACCGCCGCGAUCGAAACGGUGCUUCCAAGAAGUGACCAAGCAGAAGUUCUCCACCCUGACGUAUCAAAUGCAAAUAUGUCUGGGUCUGGGAGAUUGCGAGGUUUGUCAUGCUAGUCUGGCAUGACUCUGGACUCUGUCUUGCGUGGCCUCAAAGAGCUCCUCUCGUCUGUCAUGCAAGAACGCAGUUUGUCAUGCGGAGUACGCAACUUAGAACCACGAAAAAAGUUGUCAUGCUUGGCAGCGCAUUACAGUGUGGUCGCUAUUUCCUUCCUUGCAUCACAAGUUUCCAGACCCAGACAUAUUUGCAAUGCAUAUGACGCCGUGAUGAUGUCGUCUUCGCCGCUCGAAGAGGUCGCGGAGAAGGUCGUCAGCAAGCGCAUUUUGGAAGAAGUGCAGACGCGGGAGGAGUUCACCAGUUUACCGGCGCACCGGUACGUGCAUAUUACCAACGCUGGAGAAACGGGCGCGUCAGGGAUUGCGGAGCCUGGUUUGUUGCUGUCGAAAACCAGUACAAGUCUCUCGCAUGGGGAGGAAGGAGUUGAGAACCUGAAGAAUCCUGUUGUUGAAGAAGGCGAAGCCGGAAAUGUUGUUGAUUCAGGAGGAGAUGCAGUUGAUGGUGGCGAUCUGGACGACAGGAAUAUACCUUCGGAACAAGUUCCUGCCGCGGCGGGCACUACUGCGGCGGAAGCCGAGUCAAAAACCUCCGAUGCCGCUGCAGCUCUUCGCGGACAGGCUCCUGUGGUCCCAUUUCCAGAAGUAGAGGACUUCUUGACUACUAGCAUGACAACUACACCGUUUCUGCCGCAAGAGCCGGAGCGCAAUCCCUCGCACAAGACCACGUCGGCCAGCAGCUACCAAUCUUCCAUGUCUCCGCCGGAAGUCAGGCGGUUUUUGCGACAGUGGCACCGGCCACUGCCAGUCGUGAAUAAAUCUUCUUCAUUUCCGAGCGGGAAUUCGCAGAUGAGACUGGCGAGGAGAGCGCGACGAAUAGCACUAGCACCUGAACCACAAACGGUAGAAGGAAUUUCAGCAGGAAUAGUGGCAUCGAAAACGAUGAAAACUGCUGACAUCUUACCGAUCCCUCCUGCCGAGGAGUUUAUCGAAGCGACGCCUUUUCUAGCGGAGACGGUCGUUGAAGAGUUUCUGGCGAGGACGAAUCUGAUGAGCAGCACCCGGCACGAUUUCACGUUCAACAUGAGCCCGAUUGACAAGGGGGACGAAUUUUCAAGGUUCAGUUUCGAGGAACAGCAGCUGUUCUCGCCGUUGUUGUCUGCGAAAGACGAGGACUUCGCUUUAUCGCAGACGAUACUUCCAGAAGAAUUAUCUCUCGGCGGUGCUGCUGCUGCAUCUACAGAUCCAGCGGAAAGUAGUGCAAUAGAAAGGAAGCCAGCCGGCGCAAGCUUUUCGCUUCGGUACAGAUCUAGCCGGUUCCGGGACCCGAAUGGAAGUACUAACGCUGGAAAUAACACAACAACUACGCUUGUUCACGACCCGACGUCUGCGUCACUGGAACCGCUGGCGGAGCAGACAAAUCAAAGUACAGUCACUACGUGUCAAGCAGAGAAGCGGAUCAUAGAUUUGAAGAACGAAUUUCUGAAGAAGGAGCUGACAGUGAAGAAUAAGGACGACGCAUUUCUAGGAACCGGGAAGUUGAAGGACGAAAGGGCAAAUCUCCGUCGCCUGCAGAACCAAGCAGUUGCGGUUUUGCACGGCGAGAACCCAGUGCAGCAUUCGGCGACGAGUAGCAGCGGGACGAGCUCGGCGGUGGAACAGGAGGAUUCUCUUGGUAAAAAACCCAGUCCUGGUUUUUUGCAGCACAGCAUCGACAAGCUAUCCGACCGCGAGGUGGACGAGACAUUUGAAGCUUUUUUGAAGCGGCACGGCACGACGGGAGAUCGUUCUAGCGUAUCUUCGAAGUCCUCGUCGCAAAGUGUGGCGGCUUCGUCACAACAAGCAGAAGGGCUGUACUCAGAGAAUCCAUCGCGUCCGAAAUACAACUCGCAUUAUACCUCGUUUGGGAAAAUCGCGAAAGUUGCCAGGCACGUUCGGGGAGUUAUUUUGAGCCAAUCGUCGUCUACUUCUGAGAGUUGCGAAGAUCAUAGUAGUACAAAACAACAACAACAAGGAAAACUCCCGCAAGAGGAAGUUGUUGCACAACGACCCGCUCCAGCGCCGCUGGCAUCAUCAUCCUCCAAGGCAGCCAGCGAAAAGUGCGAAAAGUCUGAACAAGUGCAAGACGUGCCACAGCAAGAGGAGAACGAAAAAGGACAAGAGGUUUUCUCGCCUGUGAAAUUCACCACCAGUACUAUCAAAAAUCAUCGCUCUUUCCAUCUCGCGAACGAAAAAAUCGGACCGGACAUCUUCGACCGGUUGCAAAAACUCCGGAAACAGUCGAAAAGCAUGGAAGAGCAAGCGGAGAAACUUCUUUCGGCUUCUGCCAGCCUAGUUACCAGUCGUGCUGUUUCCCCCGACUCAGAAAAUUUGGACAGUUUUUACCAGCACAGCACGAGUUUGAUGCGGAACGGGCUGGUUAAUAUCGGGUCGGUGCGGGAGGAAGUAGUAAAACCGGCGCAAAAGAGGAGGUUGACUGCUCUUUGUCAAGAUGAGGAAGAAGAGACUAACUCCUCUCUGUCAAGGUCGGAGAGUAAAAGGAAACUUCUCGAACUGCAAGCCGAGAAGCGAGUGCUGGACGCGGCGCACCAGGAGCGGCUCGAUGCGUGCCGGGAUUUGACUGCAGCCAUGGAGAAGUUGGUCGCUGCGAGGUCUUCGGUAACCAAAAAAUUGACGGGAAUGGCUGCUACUACAAGCACCACGGUGGAGAUUGCGCCCUCUUUAGGUGCCUUCAAAAACGCUGAAAAAUCAGACUUCAUCAAUGCGACCGGGGAGCUGAGUUUCGUCACCGCUAACGAAAAAUCCAGAGUGGAACAAGAUGCUUUACUUCCGAAAAACAAGCAAGCUGAACAGCCAGCCCUGGCAGCCGUCAAGAAAGAACUAGCAAAAGGGGAAGCUGCUUUUCAAGCUCUACGGUCGCAGCGAGUAGAGAUGACAAGCGGGACUUCGUCGUCUUCUUUUCAGGAAAAGAUGAGUAGGAGUUCCGGUACCGUUGGUGCAGCUGCUGUCGAAGGUGAUAUUAGACCGAUCGGAGCUUCUUCUUCUGCACCGUCGUCAAAGCCCAUUAGCCUGAGAACGUCAACAUCCGUGGUAGAAUCGGAGGUACAACAGCAUAGCACGCGAUAUCGCAGCCUUGCGGUGGGGCUGUCUUCCAGUGUGAACAUAGAGGCACCUGGAAUGGACGGAAAGAUCGAGCAGAAGAAGAAACCAGAAGGCGAGACGCUGGCGCGCAGCAACGAAGAGCACGAGUUUGUCUCCGACCCAAGUUCUUCUUCGCGCUCUUCCCGUUCUACGAAGUCGCUCGCUAGAGGCAGCGGGACGUCAGUGUUCAUUCCGGCGCUCCCUCUGGAAAACUUGGCGAAGAAAUUUGACGCGGAUAGGCCGCAGAGUUCCAGCCUUCGUAGGAGUGGAUCAAGCAAUUCAUCACCUAGCAAGUCGCGGAUAUCCUUUGCCGACGAGACGCCGGAGGUACCAGAAGAAUACCUCCCCUUUCGCGGGCCGCAGCAGGUCUUUUGGCAGAGGCUUGCGCGGGCUGGAUCCUCUCCCGGCCAGCUGUAUCGAUCACUUAUGUAAAAUACGUUUAAUCUUCCUCGAGCUCGAUGAACCGCAACCGGAUGAACAAGAAAGAGAACUUGUCCUCGAGUUUUUUUCCCCUCAUGUAAGUUCGAUGCUACUCGACUUUGUUUCUCCGCCACAAAUACAGUAUUCGGGUGGAUGAUUCUGCUGAACUAAUAUCGCUCAACAAG